AUGGGCUACCUCGAGCAAAUUGAAGUGGAAAACUUCAAGUCAUGGAGAGGGAAGCAAGUUAUCGGUCCAUUUAUGAGGUUUAAUUGUAUUAUUGGCACAAAUGGCUCAGGAAAAUUCUGUAACAGUGGUGCUGUCUCCACAGGCAAGUCUAAUAUCAUGGAUGCCCUGAGCUUCGUGAUGGGUGAGCGGUGCAGCUCUCUGCGGGUGAUGCACAGCCGGGACCUCAUAUACGGAGCUCACAUCGGAAACCCGGUGUCAGACACUGCCAGCGUCUCCAUGCACUACCGCCGCGACGAUGGGACGGCGCUCAUUUUCUGUCGUAGGAUCUCUGGUGACUCUUCUGAGUAUUGUGUCAAUGGCAUCCAUGUUACCCUUGCCAAAUACACACAGGAGCUACAGGAGAUUGGUAUUGUGACCAAGACAAGAAACUGUCUGAUUUUCCAGGGGGGAGUAGAGUCCAUAGCUAUGAUGAACCCCAAGAAAAGGACCAAGAUGUUUGAGCACAUCAGUCAGUCUGGAGAGUAUGCUCAGGACUAUGAGAAGAAGAAGGAAGCUCUGCUGAAGGCUAAAGAAAACACCCACUUUCUCUUUAACAAGAAGAAGACAGCCAACGCCGAAAGGAAGCGGGUGUCUCAGGAGAGAGUGGAGGCCCAGAAGUACCAGGCACUUGUUGAGGAACUGAACCAGAGCCGUCUGCAGCUGUACCUGUUUCAGCUCUACUACAAUGAGGAGGGAAUCAAAUCCCUGAUUGUCACCCUGGAGGAGAAGCGACAGACUGUAGCCAUGAAUAAAGGUAGACUGGAGAACUGGGAGCAAGCUGUUAAGACCCACAAGAAAAUGCAUGGACGAUUCACCAGAGAGCUGCAGCAGAUCGAAAACGAGAUCCGCACCCAGGAGCAGACCUUGUGCCUGCGUCGACCCCAGUACAUCAAGGCCAAGGUAAACACCUCCCAUCAUGUUAAGAAGGCUGAGGAGGUUCGCUCUGCCCUGCAGAAGGGCCUGAAGCAGAGAGCCACCAUAGAAGCUGAACUGGCAGACGGCAAGCAUGAGUUGGCCAAGCUGGAGAGGGUGUGGUUGAGCUAUGAGAGGCAGCUCCAACAGGAGGGAGCUCUGGAGGGGAGGGACAUCCAGCUGGAGGAGGACCAGCUCAUACAGUAUAAAGAGCUGAAUGAGAUGGCCAGAAGGCAGGUAGGUGUGCUUAACCAGCAGGCAGAGAAGCUGCACUGGGAGGUCAAGGCAGACUAUGAGAAGAUCUACUUUGACCAAGGCAGGAAAAAGGAACUAGAGGCUUGCAUCAAGAACAUCCAGAACCAGCAGGAAGACCUUACCCACAGAGUAGAGAAACUUGAAGAAUACACCAGCAAGUGCAAGGUGUCCCUUGAUGAGUACCGUAACCAGGAGGUGAGCCUUUGUGAACAGCUUGAGCGAGGCCGCCUGCGUACUGAAGAGAUAAACCAAGAGCUGCACCAGGUGGAGGAGGAGUUGGGCAAUGCACGGCUAGACAAUCAGGAAAGCCGGAGGUACCAGCAGCGAAAGGAUGUGCUGGAGAACCUCCGCAGGUUGUACCCCAAGGAAGUGUAUGGCCGUCUGGUAGACCUGUGCAGCCCAAUCCAUAAGCAAUACCAGCUAGCUGUGGCCAAGGUGUUUGGCAGGUACAUGAAUGCCAUUGUGGUGACUUCGGAGAAGGUGGCUCGUGACUGUAUCCACAUCAUUAAGGAGGAGCGGGCAGAACCAGAGACCUUCCUUCCUAUCAACUACCUGAAUGUGAGUCCUCUUAACGAGCGUCUGAGGGAGGUGCAAGGGGCUAAAAUGCUGGUGGAUGUGGUGCAGUUCUCCUCUUCCAUGGCAGCCUCCCAUUUGAGGAAGGUGGUGCAGUUUGUCUGCGGCAAUACUCUGGUGUGUGAAACCAUUAAAGAGGCCAGGAGUAUAGCAUUUGACAAGUCCAUACGCAUCAAGACGGUAGCUUUAGAUGGGACCCUGUUCUUUAAGUCUGGGGCGAUCUCUGGAGGUGCUAGUGACUUGAGGACCAAAGCCCGCUGCUGGGACAAUAAAGACAUGAAACGGCUGAAGGAGCGCAAGGACCAGUUGACAGCUGAGCUGCGGGAUCUGAUGAAACUGAGGCGGAAGGAGGCAGAGCUAAAGCAAAUCCAGGCUCAGGCUCAUGGGUCUCAGACCCGUUUGAAAUAUUCGAACGCUGAUCUGGACAACCUUCGCAAGAAAAGCAUCCCCAACUGCGAAGGGGAGAUCUCUUGUAUGAAGAGUGAGUUGGCCCACCUGGAGUUACAGAUAAAGAUACAGCAGGACAAUGUGGAGGUGAAGGAUGCCAAGUUGAAGGAGACCAAAGAACAGAUUGAGCAGGUGAAGGACGAAGUGUUUGGUGACUUCUGUGCGCAGAUUGGAGUGGCCAGUAUCAAGGAGUAUAAGAAGGGGCACCUGCAAAAGCAAACAGAGCUGGACAGGAAGCGGCUAGAGUUUGAGAGACAGUCUGUGCACCUAAGUGUCCAGCUGGAGUAUGAGGAAGACCGACUGGAGCAGCACAAGAAGAGGCUCGACAAGCUGCAGGAGACCAUCAGCAAAGAGGAGAGAGACACCACUGAGCAGAAGAAGGAAGAGGAGAAGCUGUUGGCAUUAGUGGAAGAGAGUCAGACCAAGGUACUGGAGCUGAAGAACCACCUGCUGGCCAAGAAGAGCCAAGUGGCUGACUCAAAGGCUACGCUGGACCAGAAGAUCUGUACACUCCAGGAAACCAACAGUGAGUUGGUGAAGCUGCAGCGGGCUAUGAUCUCCAUGGAGGUGGCCCUGGAGCAGAAGCAGCUGACCAAACACAAUCUGCUGCUGGCCUGUAAGAUCCAGUGCCUGCCUCUCAUUCUGCUUUCAGGGAACCUGGAAGAAAUCAGUGAGGUGAAGCUGGACUCUGAGUCAGAGAGCACCGCCACCACCAUGGACAUCUAUGAAAGGGAGGCACGUCUGCUGAUUGACUACUCUGGCCUGGAAAUACAGCUCAAAUGUCUUCAGACAGAGGAGGAGGAAGAGGCACAGAAAGAAAAGAUGAGAGAAGAGAUCACUUCCAUAGAAGGAGUGCUGCAGCGCACCGUAACACCAAACCUCAAAGCCCUGGAGAAGAUGAGAGAGGUGAAGGACAAGUUCUGCAAUGUAGUGGAGGCUUUUAAUGCCAGCACCAGGGAAGCCAGGAUGUGCAGUUUUGAGUUUGAACAGGUUAAAUCUCAGCGCUACCGCCUUUUCAGUGAGUGCUUUGAGCCUGUGUCCAUCGUCAUUGACCAGAUCUACAAGAGAAUGUGCCAAAACACCAGCGCCCAGGCCAUUCUCAGUGUAGAAAAUCCAGAUGAGCCUUACCUGGGCAGCAUCAACUACAGCUGUGUGGCCCCAGGGAAACGCUUCAUGGCCAUGGAAAACCUGUCUGGAGGGGAGAAAACUAUUGCUGCCCUGGCUCUGGUCUUUGCCAUCCACAGCUUCCGUCCUGCUCCUUUCUUUAUCUUGGACGAGGUCGAUGCAGCCCUGGACAACUCUAAUAUUGGAAAGGUGACCAAUUUCAUCAGAGAGGAAUCCAGGAAGAACAUGCAGAUCAUCGUCAUCUCCCUAAAGGAGGAGUUCUAUUCUAGGGCUGAUGCUCUGCUGGGGGUUUAUCCAGAGGUAAACAACAUCACCAUCACUUAA